AUGCUAUUCUUCUCCCCAGACCCAAGCGCAAACCUCUCCCUAAUCCCACACUUAGAAUCUUCAGCCCUAACCCUCCUCUCCUGCAUCUACUUCCCGGACCCCUCCUACGCCCCUACCAUCCUCCCGCCCACUACAGAAGCAAAACAAGACUUCUGGACCUCGUGGAUAUUCCAAGAAUCCGCGCGCAGGACUGUCCUUUUCGCGUUCUAUCUGAUCCAGCUCCAUCGGCUGGUCCAGGGGGAGAGGAAUCUCGUCUGUGAUGGCUCGCUGGGGCUGGUGCAUAGCUGGUACCUGUCGGCGUAUUUGUGGGAGGCGCAGGAUGCGGGGGAGUUUGGGGAAGCAUGGAUGGAGAAGGAUCACUUUGUGGUUGGGCAGUUGAAUUUCGGGAGGGUGCUUACUGAGGCUAGGGCUGGCGAUGUGGAUGUGUUUGGGAGGAUGCUUCUGGGGGCUAUCUUGUAG